UGCUUUAGUAAUUGGAACUGAUAAGCCCUGGCAGACAAAGUCGCUGAUUAAUUCUGCCAGAAACAAUUUCAUAAUGACCCUCCGUAUAUAAGGUUGCGGUGGCCUUAUCAGCAGGCAGUGGUUAUAUCAGAUCAACACAGACCACCCGACACCCCUUCUCUGUUUUCAAGGUGUAAACAGCGGAAUCGGUAAAUACCACGGGAUCAUAACAAUCCGAUAAUGCAGCUCAUCUUUCCCAUUUUUGUGGGGCUGGUUAUUACCGGUUGUGCUGAUGGCGCUCGCAGGGUAUCUGCCCAUUCCAGGGCGAAACGAUCCGUGGAAGAAGCCUUCAAAAAAGAUCCACAUCGUUUGAAACGUGACACGGAUCUUCAUCUCAGAAACGUACGAGACUUGAUGCAAGCCAAAUCCCAUGAGGAAUUCCAUCCAGUUGACAGUUCAAAAACAGCACAAGGGUCUAUCCUUUGGAAGUUUAAGGAGAACUACAAAGGACUGGAAGUGAUAGAUGCUUCUCUAGCUGUUGAGACUGAUUCUGCUGGUCGAUACACCGGAGAUGCUCAAGGAACUUUCAUUGAAGGCAUCGAAGAAGAUUUGCCAACGCUGAAACCCUUAGUCACGAAGGCGGAAGCGUUCUUUCUGUGCAUGAAGCAGAUGAAGGUUUUGCAGCAUCGAGAACGGAUACCUACUUACACGGCCGACCUAAAAAUCAACACAGAUAAGUUUAACGUUGCGAGACUUGCGUAUUUCGUUCAAUUUCUUUUAGAAAAUAAGGACAUUCUUGCAAGACCCACUUGCUUGAUCGAUGGAAAUACUGGUGAAACAGUCCAUGCUUGGGAUUCACUGGAGACGAAGGAAAGACUAGUGGAAGGAGUUGGAGGUAAUGUCAAAUCAGGUAAAGUCAGGUACGGAAAGAAUCACAGACAGCUUAAAGCUAAGCAAAUUGGGAAUACCUGCUACCUGGAAAAUGACUACGUGAAGGUUAUCAACAUGAAUUUCACCCAGGACGAUGAAAUUACUGAGACAAUCAGCUUUCCUUGCGAUAAGGGCUACAAUGACUCUUACGAUGGCAGCUAUUCCGCGGCCCUGGAUGCUUUCUAUAACGGCAAUGGUGUCUACAACAUGUUUAAGGAUUGGUUCAAUAUAGAACCCCUGAAACUUCCGAUCACUCUACGUGUUCACUACGGCGAGAGCCUGGAAUCUGCUUUCUGGAACGGGGAAAACUGUUCAUUCGGAGAUGGUAACGAAAGAUUCUACGCCCUGACUGCCAUGGAUGUAAUGGCUCACGAGCUGGCCCAUGGCUUCACAGAACGACAUGCCGGUCUGUAUUACUUUGAUCAACCCGGCUCCAUUGACGAGUCCUUUUCAGACAUCACUGGAGAAGUGGCAGAGGCUUAUCUCUACGGUAACGACUGGUAUGUGGGAAAAGAAAUCAUGAGGAAGGUGUAUGCCUUCCGCUACUUUGACGAUCCUCAUCUUGACGGGUUGUCCAUCGACCACGUGGACAACUACACGGACGGCAUAAACGUUCACUUCGGCAGCGGCGUCAUGAACAAAGCUUUCUAUGAGAUCGUUCAUGGACUAGACAUGGACGUGAGGGAUGCCUAUAGUAUCUUUCUGCUAGCCAACAGGUUGUACUGGUAUCACUUUAGCACGUAUGAGGAAGCAGGAUGCGACUUGAUGAAAGCCGCCUACGACCUUGGGCUUGAUCCCCUGGGCAUUGAACAGGCGCUUCACACAGUGGGUAUAAACGGCUGUGACGUAUCCCAACAUGCCCUCACUCUCCGGAGAAAUUACGAUCAGAAAGGGUUCAUCAUCACAGAGACGAAGAGGCCUGUCUACGCCAUCAAUUCUCCUUACUGGGCUCUCAACAUGACGGUCAUAGCUAACAGCAAGAUGGGGCCGAUCAAGAUUCUAGCCAGCAACAAUACUUGGCCGACCAAGACAAGCUAUGAUUAUGAAUCUGAAUGGAAUGGUGAAGCUGCAACUCUAACGAUAGAUGAGCCUCCGGAGGGGCGGAUCUAUGUGAUGCUUACAUCUCCUUCUAAGGUGGAAAUCGAAGAUGGCUCUCUUCUGCUCAGCUAUGGGUGUGGCGAGGGAGACUGGACUGAUGGGGCAUUCUUCUUAGACUGUAUCUUUGGUAGCGACGAAUUCCGCUAACCUCACCAUUUUCGCCUCAGAAAAGCCAGUUGCUGGUUGCAAGGCGCGAUUUAAGCAACUGCAAUUUUCUCGCUACCUCUUUCAAGAAAUUUGUGCUCUAUCAACUGAAUUUUUCCGGUCGUCUACAUCGUCGUUUGUGUGCUUGAUCUUUGGAAAUGUGUCUAUCAAGGUCACCCUGUUCGUUUCGUCCCUUCUAUUACACAAAAAAGGGUCAUCUCCUGAUCGUCCA